GUUGCGUGCUUGCCAGAGAAUUGAUUCAUGGUAUUCCAAAUAUUAAUAUUCUAGUAUUAGAAGCUGGUGGUCCUGAUGCUCAUUCCAAUGGUUUAAUUAAUUUGCCAUGUACUUGGUUUAAGACCUUCCAAGUGGGUGAUAAUGACUGGGGAUAUGUUACUCAGGAACAGAAAGUGCGAAGCCGUGUAAAUCCUACUAAAGAAAUAUUAAGAAAGGGAUUCUUUUAUCCACGCGGAAAGGGUUGGGGUGGAAGUAGCUCUGUUAAUGCAUUGAUUUACGUGCGAGGUCAGGCGAAAGGAUUCAACAAUUGGGCAGCUCAAGGCCCUGAAUACAAAAUUUGGGAUUGGGAUCAUUGUUUAGAAGCGUUCAAAGCAACGGAAAAUAAUUCACGAAAUAAACCGGAUGAGAAAUUUAAACAAUUCCAUGGAUUUAAUGGUUUACUUCACGUGCAAGACUUUCAUAACGGGUUCUACGAUGUUAUGCCAGGUUUUAUUGAUGCUGCGAAAAGCCUUGGAAUUCCUUAUAAUGAAGAUUUUAACGGUGAAAGACAAAAUGGAGUUGGAACAUACCAG